GGGUAGCUGUGCAUUUUUCACAUCUUAAAGACUCACAGACCCUGAGCUGGACAGAAGUUCCAACUCUGGAGGACUGCUCCAGAAUCCAGAUUGCUGAAUGUUCCCUGCUGCCUAGAGAAGCUCCAAACCACUUCUUGAUAAUGGGAAACUGGGUCAUUAACCACUGGUUCUCAGUUUUGGUUCUGGCUGUCUGGUUGGGGCUGAAUAUUUUCCUGUUUGUGUAUGCCUACCUGAAAUACGCAAAAGGUGACAAGUACUACUACACGAGAGAAAUCCUUGGGUCGACAUUGGCCUGUGCCCGAGCAUCUGCUUUCUGCUUGAAUUUUAACAGCAUGCUGAUCCUGCUUCCCAUGUGUCGCAAUCUGCUGUCAUUCCUGAGGGGCACCUGCUCAUUUUGCAGCCGCACAAUGAGAAAGCAAUUGGAUCACAACCUCACCUUCCACAAGCUGGUGGCAUAUAUGAUCUGCCUACACACAGCUAUUCACAUUAUUGCACACCUGUUUAACUUUGACCGCUACAGCAGAAGCCGACGGGCCACAGAUGGAUCCCUUGCUUCCAUUCUCUCCAACCUAUCUCAUCAUGAGAAAGACGGGGGUUCUUGGCUAAAUCCCAUCCACUCCCCCAACAUGACAGUGGAGUAUGUGACAUUCACAAGCAUCGCUGGUCUCACUGGAGUAAUCAUGACAAUAGCCCUGGUUCUCAUGGUAACUUCAGCUACAGAGUUUAUACGGAGGAACUAUUUUGAGGUCUUCUGGUAUACUCACCACUUUUUUAUUGUCUAUAUCCUCGGCUUAGGGAUUCAUGGCAUUGGUGGAAUUGUCCGGGGUCAAACAGAAGAGAGCAUGAAUGAGAGUCAUCCUCACAAGUGUGCAGAGGCUUUUCAGAAGUGGGAUGAUCCUGACUCCGAAUGCAGACACCCCCAAUUUGAAGGGAACCCCGCCGAG